GGCGGCUGCCUGGCUUCCCGCUGGCACUCCCUGGGGGUCUGUCUCGACUUUCGCUGCUGCGUCUGUCCGCGCCAGCCGAGGCCCGGGCUUUCAGCGGCUCUUUCCUGCCGGGGGAGCCGCCGGGGGGAGGGGGCAGUGUCAGGCCGCCCCGCGGGGGAGGAGGGCCGCGUGAGGAAAUGCCUAAGAAGUCAAAAGAUGCCAAACUGAAAAAGGGGAAAAUCAAGGACUCCGCGAAACCAACGUCGGCGCCGGCGCCUUUGGGACCCGCGACCCGCGGGAAAGACGGCGCCAUUUCCGUGGCCGUUCGCGCCAAGCCUGGAGCCAAACAGAACGCAGUGACAGACGUGACCCAUGAAGCAGUUGGUGUAGCCAUCGCAGCACCUCCAUCGGACGGGGAAGCGAAUGCAGAGCUGGUUCGUUUUCUAGCGCAAGUUUUGGAAGUAAAGAAAAGCCAAGUUACUCUGGACAAGGGCUGCCGAUCUCGUGAGAAGAUAGUAAAGGUUUCAGGCUCAUUGACCCUAGAGGAAGUGCAUGAAAGACUCAAGUCUGCAGCAGCCACAAACUAGGACAAGGAGCAUGGCUGACUAGAAGAAGCCUAGGUGAAGGCACUGGUACUGUGGAAUGAGCCAACCUCAGAUUUGCACAGCAGUGAAUACUGCAAAAUGAAUUGACUACAUUUUGUGGUUGAAACGGGUCGAAAUUGCUGGUGCGAGGAGUUGCCUACAAAAACGGAAUUACUGAAGUCCAAUGCAAAGUACAGUGCGUUGUUGUCUCUUGGGGUGUUGUAACUGGGAUGAUCACCAGGACUUCCUGAUAGCAGCAC